CUUUGCUUCUUCGUCUUUUCCGAUUUUUGUCAAAGGUGCUUUCGUUCUCCUUUGAUGUCAACUUCUAAUAUCUAGAGAAAAUUCAAUUUACCAAUUGAGAUUCAACUUCCUCUUCUCUGCAGGAAAAAAAAAAAAAAACUUCCUCUUCUUUACCUAAAGGCCAAAAUCAUUAUCGGUGGCACAAAGGCGAUGACAUACAUGGUGUACAUAAGCUUCCACAAAGGUGAAGAUAGAAUCCGGUACUCCUUCCUCAGCCACUUAUCUGCCUCUCUUCGCCGGAAAGGUCUGAUCUCUUCAUCGUCGUUUGUCCAUCAUUCUUCCAAUGAGAUUAAGAUAGAGAAAACAAAAUUCAAGGCUUUUUUGGUGGUUAUCUCUUGGAAGUACGUGUUAUCCGCAGAAUGCCUCGAUGAGCUUGCAGAGAUUGCUGAUCAAAAUGUGGUGGUCCCCGUGUUUUACUGCAUAACUCAAUCGGACGUUAAGCAUCAGUGCCGAUUGGACAUUUUGAGAGAUACGUUUCCAUUGGAGGAUUACUCAGCCGAGAGGGUAUCCCGGUGGAUAUAUGCUCUGAACAAAACGACCAAAUCAUAUAAAUUAAGGUAACAGUAUAAAGAUUGCAGACGCUCAAUUUGUUUUGCUAACUUAGAGAUACCAUCAUACCAUACCAUGCAGUCUUCCAUAACGGAUAUUUUUUAAAAAGAAAUAUGAAUUUAUGAACGGAUCAUGUUAUUUAUACUAGUUGUGUGUGCUAGAUCACUAUAAAAACAGGUCUAUAAAUCA